UUUUUUUUUUUUUUGUCUCUUCUUUCAUACAGCCAUUUAUUAAUAUUAUUACCGUGAAUUAUAAUGACAACUGCGAAAAGUGCUUCUUACGAUUACUUGAUUAAACUUUUACUUAUCGGUGAUUCUGGUGUUGGUAAGAGUUGUUUAUUGCUUCGCUUUUCGGAUGACUCGUUCACUCCUUCAUUUAUCACAACCAUUGGUAUUGACUUCAAGAUUCGCACUAUUGAGCUGGAUGGCAAGCGAAUCAAGUUACAGAUUUGGGACACGGCCGGACAAGAGAGAUUCCGUACCAUCACAACGGCCUAUUACCGUGGUGCGAUGGGUAUCUUGCUAGUGUACGAUACUACCGAUGAAAAAUCUUUUGGCAACGUUAGAAAUUGGUUUUCUAAUAUCGAGCAACAUGCCAGUGAAGGUGUUAAUAAGAUUCUGAUUGGUAACAAGUGUGAUAUGGAAGAUAAAAGAGUGGUUACAAAGGAACAAGGAGAAGCUUUAGCAAACGAGUUGGGUAUUCGAUUCAUGGAGACCAGCGCAAAAGCAAAUAUUGGUGUAGAAGAAGCCUUCUUUGAUUUGGCAAGGGAUAUCAAAAAGAGAUUAAUCGAUACUCAACAAGCUCAACAAACCCGUCAAAGAGAAGAAGUUAGAUUAGAUCAAGCUUCACCUUCAAAGGCAAAUACUUCAGGUGGAUGCUGUUAAAAUAUGUGUAUAUUUUAUAAAUAAAUAAUUUAAAAAAAAAAAAAAAAAAAAAAAAAAAAA